AUGGCAGAACGAAAUGCUACUUUUAUCCGAGAAUGGUAUAACUGGUACGCAUUGUAUUAUAUCAAUAGUAGUUACACAUAUAACGCGAUGCAAUACCCAAGCGGUCUAGCGAGGUGGAAAGCGGAUCUCAUUCAUAUUGAAUACGGUACAGUGUCAAGACCAGACAGGCAAGUUGGUGACUCAAAUAUCAAAAAUACUUCAGAACAGAGGACGCCUUUUGGUUUUACAAGAUCAGGAAACACCGAAAAGACGUGUAGGUUGUACGUGGGGAUAUCCAAAAUUGAAGCACUUGCUCCAGUUACUUCAAAUCUCUCUGAUUGGUCCUACAACACUAGAAGACAUUGUCCAGUUUUGAAUAUAGAUUCAGGGAAAAAGUCGACCGGACAGAAAUUUGUCAUUAAUUGUGAGGCGGAUGUUGCGUAUGCAUAUCUCAACUCUACAAAAUCACCUAGAAACAUCCAACAGUUUAGUCCUGAUGACAAAUGUCUCCGUAAAUAUGUUGAUAAAUGUUGUUCUGAUUCACUUCCUGUGCCAAACGUCGUCCACUAUGUGUGGUACAAUGAAAGGAAACUCUCCUUCUUCCAUUUUGUCAGUUUUAUUUCAGUGCUGCGAUUUGUGCGUCCGUGUGUUAUUUUGAUUCAUGGGAAUAUCAUUCCAUCCGGAAACUAUUGGAAAUUCAUUCUCGACUUGUAUCCAAAUAUUGUACAUGUUUUUCGAGAAAUUACUUCAACACUGUUUGGCAAAAAGGUUAAGUUUUUAGAACAUUUUAGUGAUAUUUGGAGACUGAAAGCAUUGGUGAGGUUUGGGGGAAUUUAUUUAGAUACAGACACUGUGCUUGUGAAACCAAUUGAUACUCUGCGACGGUUUCCGUGUACGAUGUCUAGGCAGACUAAAAACAAGACCAUUGGCUCAGCGUUCAUAAUGGCAGAACGAAAUGCUACUUUUAUCCGGGAAUGGUUUGACUGGUACAAAAUGAAUUAUGUUAAUAGUAGUUACACAUAUAACGCGAUGAAGCGGACAAGUAUAAUCGCAUUCCGGAGACGGGAUCUCAUCCAUAUUGAAUACGGUACAGUGUCAAGACCAGACAGACAAGUUGGUGAUAUCAUUUUCUACACGAAUACAAAUUGGGCAAAUAUUUACGGAAUUCAUUUGUAUGUGAGAUCAUUUUGGAAGUUAUCGAAAUAUAUAGAUGAAAAUACUGUAAUGGAUUUUAACACGACUGUUGGGGCUUUAUGUCGACAUAUUCUAUAUGGGAAUAAAGAGUUGUGUAUCGCGAUGCCAUAA